AUGCCAUUGGAGCGUCUCCCCCCUAUUGCGGCUCUCCACUCGUACACGGAUUUGGCGCAGACCGAGGUGCUCGACGUGCUCUUUGAGCCCAGUCCGGCCAUCCACGCCACGCUUUUGCCCGUCAUCCGCACCGCCAUCUACACCUCCUAUCCUGACCUGAUAGACGUAUGCCAGAUCCGGCUGCUUGCUCUCGCCGCCAAGUCCGCCGAGACAGAGCCGCAUCCGGUCCUGCUGUCCGUCCUGGGAUCCCAUCCGCGUCUUGGAGAGAAGAACAUCGAGUCGGCGCAAUCCGUCGCUGAACAAGCAAACAUCCAGGGAGGCUCCGAAGAAGAGCUGGCCACGCUCAACAGGGAAUACGAAGAAGCGUUCCCGGGACUCAGAUAUGUCGUCUUCGUCAACGGCCGAGAGCGCCCCGAGAUCAUGGAGGACAUGAGGAUGCGGAUCGAACGAAGCAACUAUUCCAUGGAAGUCGAUGCUGCAUUACAGGCCAUGUGCGACAUUGCAAAAGCCAGGGCGUCCAAGCUCCCCGAAGAUACUAACCGCAAGCAAUCCAACGGCCACUGA